UGUAUCUCCCGGGUGCUCUCCCCAGGCCCUGAACCGUGCGUCCUCGGAACACCAUCCCACCUUUGCGUCUGUGAGUGUAUCUGAGCUUCUUAAAACACACACGCACACGGACGCACACACUUCGGCGUCUUUCCUGUAGACCGGUUUGGCUGCGUCUCUGCGACCUGGGAUUAUAUUAGUUUCCGUUCUCGUGCACGGCUGACUAGGUGUAUUACCCGAGCGCUAGCAGAGCCGCGGCGUUCACGGAAAGCAGGCAGGCCUCUAGUGAGAGAGAGAGAGAGAAAAGAUAAUGAUAAAGCUGUUGGGUUUCACAUCACACUUUGCUCACUGACCUUCAGCGAAAUGUUAGAGCUUAGCCUGGUCCGGCUGCCUGCUCGAGCCUGUCUCAGUCUCCGAAUCAGAGAGCUCGUUUACAACAAAGAUAAAAACCCACAGGGUCGGAUUUCUUAGAGGACAGAAAUGUCCGAAAGUGUGUGUGUGUGUGCGCGCGCGCGCGCGCGUGUGUGUGUGUGGUAGAGAGCUUUCACACUCACAACCCAAUCCCAACCCAGCACUCACAAUCGUUUCUAUAGUAACAGCUCACCCAGAGGGACGUGUAUGACGGCGCGUUACAUGUUAUUGAACAUGUAUGGAAGGAGUCUCCAGUGUUAAUAAAUCCUCAUAAAUCUGCGAAUGGUGCAUGAGAAUCGCCGCGGAAUAAGAGGAACGCUUCAGGACGCGAUGUUAUCGGAGAACGAUACGGUAACUCUGAUUCAUCACACCAUCCCGUCGUUGAUUAUUAUUGUCCUUCACACCAGCGCCGUCCCUCUCGUCCACGUCAUACGUACCGAAGCCGAGCUCACAAAGUCUCCAUCCUCCCUUAUGUCCACACCGCCUCUGGCUUUACACGGCGUGUUCACGCUCGACACGUAUCACGUGCCUGGAGCAGACAAGGACGCCGGGUAAAGGCCGUGCAGAGGUCAGGUGUUUUUUUGUUGUUUUUUUAUAGCGAGUGUGACCUCACCUCGCAGCUCGGCUCUCAGCCUCGGGGAUGCGAUUAUCCGCCGGAAACAUUUCACAUCCGACGGAAUACGUUCAACGUUUCGCACGAAACGCGAAAGCCAUUACGGCAUUCCUCCGAAGGUUUUUCUUCAAUUUGUACCACUUUAUGCCACGUACCCUCGAUAAAUGAUGGCAGAACGAGGGGAAAAAAUGGGGGUAAUAACUCAAACCUCGGCGCAAAAAUAAUACUCUUAAUACGAUGUCAAAGACCAGCGGGAAUGAGGACAAAUGGCGGAGCUCCCCUGGGGUUCACUGGCGGAAGAAUUAACGAAGCCUGUCACCCCGACCCAGCCGCCAGCGUCGCUAUGGAAACGGACGCCCGGGCACCUCUGGGUAACCGUGGUGACACAGUUGCCGCGGCAGCCAGCCUGCACCUCUACUCCUAGGCAACAGAGCCGGGAAGAGCGAGCGCGCGUGCGUGCGCGUAAGAACCUGCAUCUCAAACAGCACGAACGAGCUGUAAUGGAGCUUAAUCACGUCUAAAAGGAAAAUACAGACUUUAUCACGUCUUUGUCUCGUCAGUAACGGACCCUCAGUUCUAAGGCGCGACUCUCGGUAUAAUCUGCUUUACUGUAUCUGUGUGGUUUCCCGAUCUCGUCGUCUUAAUCCCCGACAGCUUUGCGCAGGUUAGAGAGGUUAGCACGCGAAGAUUACGCGAGCUUAUUAAAACGCUCAGAGACCUGGCCAGAUAUUCACCGUCCACAUGGUGAGGGCUAAAGUUCUUCAUGUCCUGAAGAUUAGAAACGCUAACCCGCCGGGAAGGAAAUGAACUCCGUAGCUCAUUAGUCGCUCGUUUCUGGUCCACAUUUAUCCCACUCGACUCUGGUCUUCACUCGCCCAAACGUCAAUACCACAAACAUAAACGUGACGUUUUUCAUUAGUAGAAAUGAGCACUGAGUGUUAGCUGGUAUGGCCUUCCUUUAAGGAAGGAAUAACACACCCGGGGGAGUGCUGUUAUAGGAGAUUAAUCAACGACGGGAUGGUGUGAUGAAGCAGAGUAUAACCUAUUACCUAUAAAAGCACGCCCCAAAGUGUUCUAUUCUUCUUAUACCACAGCAAUUACUAAUGCACCGAUUAUUAAUGAAAAAUAACACAUCAUACUUUUUUUUUUAUCCAUUUAUAGUUUCAUUUAAUGUUGUGAAACACUUGUGAAACAAGUUAGUUCCCGUUCUCUGUUACAUCGAGGCAGAUAUAAACACUUGCUAGUCUCAGAUUUCAUAGCGUGAGCGUCAUGUCAUGUUCCUACGUAUGAUUACGCAACAUUACGGUAAGAAUAAGCACCAGAGUGUCUUUUUUUCCCCGUCUAUUUCACGCCCUGCUGCUACUAUUAAUGGAUAAAAAUCCAGAUGGGUUUCCGUUUAUGUCAGCUCAAUCGCACUGGCUUGCUUUCAAGGAAGGCUUGGUCUGGGAUCCUGGCUAAAAUAUGGCUUUGGAGAGUUCACGUGUAGGAACGUUUCACAUUUAAUCCGCUCAUGGUCGCUCUGAUCGUUAACCUAGACUAGGUUUGAAAAACGAAUAUAAAUGUUCUACGUCUUUUUGCGAAGACGAGCGUGAACGUUCUGGGGGAGUUAUCCGAGCGCCGGAGCCGUCGUGGCGUCUGGGUCUGGGGAAUCGAGGGCCCGGGGAGCGCGGAGAAGCGGGGCGAGAUAAAAGGGAAGCCCUCGCGCUGCCGAGCCCUCGUCCCCAGCUGUGUUCGCUUUAAACCACUGUCCCUUCUCACCUCAUUCAGAUCGAGAGAAAUGAGACGCCGCUCGAAAAAACACGUAGCGCUCGGGGCGCGCGGGUCGGAGAGAGUCGGAUAGAUAACUCAUCGUAUUACACUCACGGAUCCACUCGGAAUUACAAUUCCCAACAAUCCACUCCUACGUCUCGUGACUGGUACUUAUCAGAGAGAGAGAGAGAGAGAGAGACAGAGCGAGACGGACUGACAGACAGAGAGACACAGAGAGAGAUAAAGACAGAGAGUUACAGAGAGACAGAAAGAAAGACAAGGAGAGAGACAGCAAGGGAGAGAUGAGACGGAGACAGACAGAGUGAGGGAAUGAGAGCGAGAGACAUACAGACUGAUAGAGAGACACAAAGGGAGAGAAAGCCACAGAGAGACAGACAGAGAGAGACAGCAAGCAAAGAGUGACGCAGAGCGAGGAACAGAGCAAGACAAACUGACAGACAGAGAGAGAGAGAAAGGGAGACAGGGAGAGAGACCCGGAGGGAGAGCGAGACAGACAGACAGAGACAAUUCGUUAAUUUAUUUACUUGCUUUGGCAAUAAAGCACUGCUGAAUUGAAAAGAGAGCGAUACUGUCAAGAGACUUAAAGAGUGGCAGAUAGACAGGCUGAGAGAGAUGAACAGAGAGAUAAAGACAGAGAGAGAGUUACAGAGAGACAGAAAGAUAGACAAAGAGAGAGAGACAGCAAGGAAGAGACAGAGAGAGAAACAAAAAGAGAGAGAGACAGACAGAAAGAAAGACAAAGUAUGAGACAGAGACAGACCGAGUGAGGGAAUGAGAGAGAGAGAGAGAGACCGAGUGACACAAAGGGAGAGAAAGACCGAGAGAUAGACAGAGACAGACAGAGAGAGAGUUGCAGAGAGACAGAGAGAGGAACAGAGCAAGACAAACUGACAGACAGACAGAGAGAGACAGGGAGAGAGACACGGAGGGAGAGCGAGACAGACAGACAGACAAUUCGUUAAUUUAUGUACUUGCUUUGGCAAUAAAGCACUGCUGAAUUGAAAAGAGAGCGAUACUGUCAAGAGACUUAAAGAGUGGCAGACAGACAGGCUGAGAGAGAUGAACAGAGAGAGAGAGAGAGAGAGAGAGAGAGAGAGAGAGGGAGGGAGGGAGGACAUACGUGUUGCAUGUUGUCAUGUUGCUGUAUUUCGAGACACUGAGUGGAUACGGAGGGAUUACUGCUGGAUGUGGGCAGGUUUUCUGGCGUGAUUAAAUACACUUUAGCAGAUUAAUCAAAAGACAGAUCGUAAAUCAUCUCUGCACACACCAACCUCCUGCAACCCAACCUACAGCUGUGGAAACUCUUACUCACCAGCGUUUUGGAUCUGAGCGCGAGAGAGCGAGCGAGAGCGAGAGAAGAAACAGAAACAGACGUAGUGACUUCCUCUCAUUUGUGAGCACUGAUCACAGUUAUUUAAUCAUUCUGAUGCGAUUUGCUCUCGCUCUUCUGUCCGCUCCGAGUCCGACGUGCUCGGGGCUUUUAAACCAGGACAACGUCGGCGGUAUGAUCCUGACGUGUAGACGCAGAGGGAAGCUCACUAACGCCCGCCUUCACUUAAUUCUUAAUGUUUAUACCACAGCGCUGAGCGAUUCUGGAUUGUGAUUGGCCAGAACGUGUUCAUUAAGAUAUACAUCGUUGACACCUUUUUUAUUUAUUUAUUUAUUUAUUUAUUUAUUUAUUUUUUGCGUUUCCCAUAUGCUGAAGGAGUCUCCAGUGUCAGCGGUUUGUAGCAGUCAGUUUCUCGGCAGCAGGUAGCGUUGGUGUCCAGGGUUCGCUCUUGAACUCGGGUUACCAUCUGACCAGAAGAAACCGGUUCCUGAAGAUGAAUGAAUUAAUAAACAAUAGAAACGCUUCCUCCUUAUCGAUGAGAUGUUUUUGCGACACCGCUGCCAGCGAGCUUUAAGUAGAGAUGCUACUGAUCUGAUACCCGGGGUAGAUCGGAUAUCAUCUUAUAUACCCUGGGUAUAUAUUCAUUUUAAUUCCGUUGUCGUUUGAACGAGCUAGAGCCCUCGAAAGACUCAUUCUUAGUGCUGCGUUCUCUUGACGUCCACGGAGCACUGACAUCGACGGAUUUCAUUAGCCGAACAAUUACAUAUGUACAUAACCUUUGACCUCUGCGUCCUCUCCUGACGUCUGAUCGAAUGCAGUUUUCAAUUAGGAGCCGAGGCCACGCCUGGGCCUUUUGAUAGCUAUCUUUUUUUUUUUUUUUUCCCAGACAGGAAGCAGAAGGAAGUGUAGUUAGUAUCGCAGAACAAAAGCUAGUGACACGAGCAGAGAAAGAGCCUCCGGGUUUCAGCACGAGCCCACAAAGAGUCCCGAGUCCUGCGUCUUUCCUGCGUUUGUCUUUCUCUGACAUCACGGCUGCUAGUUGCAGCGGUGCACAGAACACCGCCGGUCUCCCGAAACGGACGAGAAGCCGGCACUCGUGACAUGAGUUACUGAGGCGUGUGACAUGUGACACCUGUUGAAGGAGGGUUCCGAACAGGUUACACCCUCAGCCUCGGCUCUCGCAGGUAAACACCAGGCGGAUGAGUCGAGGCUUGCUGGAGAGCGUGAAAAACAAGAAGCCGUUCCUCUGCUUUUAAACGGCGUCCUGAUAGAGCAGAGGGAAGGAUCGAGCCUCAUGAGAGCCUCCGCAGAGCAGGUACAGAGCUUCGUCCUUCUCCGAGCCUUGGUCUAAAUGGGUCCGGUCAUGCCUCCCAGCAAGAAGCCGGAAGCUUCCGGGGUGAGCGUGGCGAGCGGCUUGAGCCAGCUGUACCAGGUGAGCUCGAUCACUCGGGCGCUGUGCGAAGACGACGAACUGGAGCUGGCGCUGCCCGUGCCGGCCAUCAAGCUGGAGAAGUCGGGCGCCGAGGACGAAGAGCUGACCAACCUGAACUGGCUGCACGAGAGCAAGAACCUGCUGACGAGCUUCGGCGACCCGGUGCUAAGGAGCGUGAGCCCCGUGCAGGAGCCCGACGACGACCCGCCUCCCUCCCCGGCCACCUCCGACCUCGCCUACGACGCCAAGCACAACCCCAACUGCAAGCCGCCGUACUCCUUCAGCUGCCUCAUCUUCAUGGCCAUCGAGGACGCGCCCUCCAAGAGGCUGCCCGUCAAGGACAUCUACAACUGGAUCCUCGAGCACUUCCCGUAUUUCGCCAACGCCCCGACCGGCUGGAAGAACUCAGUCAGGCACAACCUCUCGCUCAAUAAGUGUUUUAAGAAAGUGGACAAAGACAGGAGUCAGAGUAUCGGGAAAGGUUCCCUGUGGUGCAUAGACCCGGAAUACAGACACAAUCUCAUCCAGGCACUGAAGAAGACGCCUUAUCAUCCCUACUCCCAAGUGUUCACCACGCCUCCCACCUCUCCUCAGGCAUAUCAAAGCCUGUCCAGUCCUCCAAUUUGGCCGGGGAAUCACUUCUACCGAAAAAAUAAAGGAGUCCUCCUACCAGAUGCCGAUAUAGACGCUGCCGUGUCCAUGAUGUGUUUGAAUCGUCCUGAGGCGCCCGAGUUCUUCCCUCAGGGAGUGAUCCGGAACGGAGCUUGUAUGAUGAGCCCGGGCCUCUUCCCAGGAAUUCGACCUCUUCCCAUCAGUCCUAUCGGCAGCAGAGCCGCCGCCGUCAGGUCAGUCCUGGCCGGCUGCAGGAUCCGCAGCGAAAGCGAGCCGUCCUGCGACUCUCCUCUGGUCAGCAGCGACCCCAAGGAGGACCACAACUACAGCUUUGGCAAAACUUCCAACUCGACCACCGGAGAGAAAACGCCGCUCGACUGCGGCGCGUCCGAGUUCCACGGUCACGACGCCACCAGCGACACGGACGACGACGACAGGGCCAAGAUCAAGAAGGAGCCCAAAGAGUGGGCGGUGGACGCUCUGGCCCUGGCGCAGCACAACAAGUGGCACCAUUUGACAAAGGUCAAACAGAGAGUGGCCAGUGACAUGCUGCCUUUAAAAAAGAGGCGCACCGAGAAGCCUCCGGAAAGCGAUGACGAGGAGAUGAAGGAGGCGGCGGGUUCUCUGCUCCACCUGGCUGGCGUCAGAGCCUGUUUGAACAAUAUCACCAACCGGACGGCCAAGGGCCAGAAAGAGCAAAAAGAGUCCAUGAAAAAUAACUAAACUGUGUUAUGAGGAAGAGAGAAAGAGAGAGAGAGCGAGAGAGAGAGAGAGAGAGAGAGCGCGAGAGAGAGCGAGAGAGAGAGAAAAGAAACAUCACUUUUAAUAGAAUUUACUAUUUUUUUCCAGGACAUCAGGUGAAUUCUACUGAUUUGUGGCAAUAUCAACAAUUAACUUUGUUUUCCUAUCUUUAUAGUUGAAGUUAUUGAGGGUUCUUUAUUUUUUAUUGUUUUUAUUACUUUUCUUUUUCUUUCUUUUUCUUUUUUUAAAGGAGAUUAAAGCCAUAGCAAAAAAUAAAUAAAUAAAUAAAUAAAUAAUAUAAUAAUAAUUCAGCUGAUUUACUAAUGGGUUUUAUUUGGCUGAUAUUAACAUUAAAUAAGAAAAAUUCCACACGCACUUAGACGAGAGAAAACAGCGCUGUAGAACAGAGCUACACGCGACCGGGCAGCAGGAGUCUGUGUAGGGGUUAUGUUCUAGUGCACUAGGAGUAGUGUACACUUCUCUUAGUCGUGUCUCGUGAGCAGACCCGCCGCCCCGGGGCGUUAAUCCGAUCCGACGGCAUGGCCGAGCGGUCCUGGAUAAUUGUAGCUGCUGAAAGUCAGACGUUCCCCGAGUCCAAUGUUAAUCUGUGAAAUAAAUCCGAAGCCAUAAGCCUUUGUGCUUUUUGGAGAGGCAAAUAUACAGUGCAUUAGAUGUAUGAAGAUAUACCACCGCCCGCAGUUCUUCCCUUAAGCAAUCAAAACGAGUGUUAUUACUCAAAUGAAGUAAAGCGACAUAGUGAUACGAUAUUCCCCUUAGAGUACAAUAAAAUAAUAAUAAUAAUAAUAAUAAUAAUAAUAAUAAUAAUAAUAAUAAUCCCUGACAGAAACGAUGCUACUAAAACCUGCCAAGUGUAAUUUAAUGAUAAAAGAAAAAAGAUGAAGUGUGGAAAUGUUUUGUGGGAUUUUUUUUUUUUUUUAAAUCAAUAUUUGCUUUAAUUUUUAAUCCUGUUUUAUUUUGUAUAAAUUCUUUCUUAUGUUUUUAGUUUCCUAAGCCUCAUGAUGUAAGAAGCAAUUU